AUGGCAUCUGUUGGGACGAACAUCUCAGCCUCAGAAUCAGUCUCGGGCCCAGUCGGCUUUGAUGACAGUUCAAGUAUUACCAGUGACUUGAGCACUCUCGAUUUCAAAGAUGACUUUCACACUGAUCUCCUGGAAAUCAUUCAGAACAUAAACCCUCCUGGGAAAUUUGCCUUUGGGGCAGGAAUAAAACCCCCAUCUGACUUUAGCAUAUCUGUGAAUGAAGUCGGUAAUGUUGCCCUGCCGCUUGUUGAAUCGCAGGCCCGUCAAAUCAUCACCAAAGCGCGCCAGGCCCCCUUUGGCAAAGGGACCGAUACCUUUGUCGACACUUCUGUCCGAGACACGUGGGAACUUGAUCCUUCACAAUUCACGAUAGGAUCGGCAGAAUGGCCUGCCUAUCUCGAAAGCAUAUGCCACACGGCUGCGCAUCAGAUGGGAAUUAACACACCUAUUCGUGCCGAAAUUUACAAGAUGCUGCUCUACGAGGAGGGUGCCAUGUUCAAACAACAUACUGAUACUGAAAAGAUCCCUGGCAUGUUUGGCACUCUCGUCAUUAGCCUCCCAUCUAAGCACAGUGGUGGCGAAGUCGUCUUGAAGCAUUGCGGCGAGAAAAUGGUCUACAAGUCAUCCGAGUAUCUCAUUUCCUGUGCUGGUUGGUACUCGGACGUAUCACAUGAAGUCCUUCCGGUUACUUCAGGUUACCGUUGGGUUCUGACUUAUAAUCUUGCCGUCGAUCAAUCGCUACCAGCACCAUCUGCUGCCCUUAGACGGUCUGCAUUGCAGCCGCUCCGACACUGCAUCAAGAGGUGGCUCGCCCAAGACCAAGACUCCCGCCAGAGCCCAUACGUAUACCAUGUACUGGAUCAUGAGUACACAGAGGCCAACAUAUCCUACAGAACACUAAAAGGAGCAGACAUGACCCGUGUCACGGCCCUUCGGCAAGCGUGUAAUGGUCUUCCAGUUGCAAUAUUUAUUGCACUUGUAGAAAAGAUGGAGAGUGGUAGUGUUGCCUUCGAUCCUUAUGAUUUACAGUACGGCGAAGAUUCCGAUGCAGGAUACCACUGUAUCGACGAAGUCUUUGAUUCAGAAUUCAGUGUCAAGAUCACCAAAGACUUGGACGACAACGUCGUUUCGGGUAAGAUGUGCAUUGAAGAGGAUCACCUUCUUGAGCCAUCCGUCUUUGAUGACAUAAGUGCCGCCAAGGAAGAUUAUGAAGGGCACACAGGGUGCCCAAGCAACCCAUUGGUAUCAUAUCGGUUUCCUUACGACUCCAUCAGCGAUUUCCUCUGCCAGUCUCAGUAUUCUGGCGGCCCAAUGGAGAAAAUACCCCAGACACAAAUCAAUUGGCUCGCACAGCUCUGUACAAAACCAGAUGUUGAGGACUGUUUGCUUGCUACCCUGGUGGAUUUCGUUGAGUAUGCGGUGCCUCAUCUAGAAAGUAGAGGAGUCCGAUCGACAGACAAAACCAUGGUGUCAAACAUGCUCAAAGCCGCCUUGCUUCACAAGAAGCACAUGCUAGUUGAGAAUGUUCUCGCGAAGCUUAGUAGUGUUAUACCGCCUGAGUGGUACAGCUGGCUGAGGGAAUGGCUCAUCAGGGACGAUGGCGAAGCGAAGACUUUGGAGCGGUUCAACACGGUCAAGAGAGGGGACUUGCCUUCUAAUCAUAUCCCUACUCCUGGGCCUAUAAUGGACUGGGCUCGACAGAUGAUUCGCAAGUUUCUCGGCGCUCAUGGUCUUAGGGAUGCCACCGCCAAGGACGGGUUAUCUGUCAUCAACAUGGCAAUGUACUUUGAGGAUCCUGUUCUUUUCCUAACUGAGUCGGCGGUACCCAUUUUCGAAAAGCAGAUAUCAGCACCGUCGUUCCGCUUCAAGGUUCUAUCUCAAUUAAUAGCUGUCACUGCUGCCGAAACACUCCCUUCAACAGAAUCUAUGAACCUCUAUCGAACUAUGGUCCGCUCGUUCAUUGCCUCACAAGAUUUUACGUUACUGCGUGACGCAAGAGUCUUGAGUGCGCAAGAAAAGAAGAGGGUGCGUAAUCCAUGGCAGAUGGGCGGAGUGGGCAUAGACUUGUGUCGAGUUCGACGUGAUUUGGAAACCGCUAUCACGCACGAGACUCUGGUCAAAUUCUUCGUUUCUCUCUUUAAGACUAGCACGGAGAUGGACAACCUUACAGAUCAGUUCAUGACCAAGCUCAUCAAGCAAGCCGACAAAAUCCCAGCAGUCGAACUCUUUACUAUGUGGAUACCUUUCUUGCAGUGCAGUAUUGAACAUAUGGGGCAGGGAAGCAUGUUGCUUACCACGCCAUUGUAUCAAAAAUUCUUCUCGGCCCUCGUUCUGGCCAUGCUCGAACGCUAUCUUGGAGAUAAGCCCCCAAGACCUGUAAAUUGGUCUAUGGCAGGCUCGAAGUGCCCGUGUAGUGAUUGCGAACGCUUGAGCGCAUUCCUUACACACCCAACCCAGAUGACAGCAAGGUUCCCAAUGAACAAGAAUCGUCGCUAUCAUCUCCAUAGGAAUAUUGAAGACGCUGGUGUUGGUUGCACUCACGUGACGGACAGGUCUACAAAUCCGAACACAAUGGUUGUAACCAAGACAUGCCGACCUGAAGAUGUUGCAAUGCAGCGAUGGCAAGAACGGCGGGAUCAGUGUGCCGCAAAGUUCGGGAAGUUCAAAGCCGAGCAUCUAAAGAUGCUACUCGGUCCGAACUAUGUUAGCAUUGAAAGACUUGGCCCGGGACCGGACCAGACGACCACGUCACAGUCGCCAGUGGUUGGAAAGAAGCGUACAGCUGCUACGGCUCUUGAAAUUAUUGAUUUGACAGAGGACUAA